GUAGGUGGGCUACUGGAUCCCAACUGGAUCCCUUUUGGGCUCCUGACCACAUCUGGGUGCUGUGCAGCAUGGUGUUGGCAAUGCAAACCCAGGAAGGUCAGGGAUGCUUUUGGCUAGCUUGCCUCUCAGAUCAUCUGAUGCUGUGGGCUGAGGGAGGAACCCAAGGUCUCCUGGGAUGACCUCAUCUGGGCUUGGGUUUAGAGAGGCAUCUUCCAUUGAGGCACUUCCGUGGCAGGCUGUCCUCAGGGGCAUAGAGUGGGUGACGUAGACCUGCCCUGUGGACGGUUGACAGAACCUGGAAUACAGUGAGGCCCACAGUUGCUGGCACUGACGUUCAUAGGUUAAAGGAUGUCCCCCAAGCCUCCCCUCUCGCCAGAGAGCCCUGGGAGGGCCUGGCUCCCCUUAAUCCAGCCCUACAGCCCCUGACCAGGAGCAGUUGUCUGGGGCAUUGCCUGCAUGGGUGCUUCUCAGCGUCUUUCUUGGAGUCUCUCCAACACCCCAUGUCCCCAGCUUUCCACCUGGUUCAGGGAAUCCCAGGGUGGGAGUUAAGAGAGCAGUGCCGUUGGCCUAGAGGUGUCCUCGGGUGCUGGAAGGUGGGGCUCGGAUUUAGGGAGUAUAAGAGGUUAUCUCUGGGCCCUGGAAGAGGGCCUGCCACCACAAGGACACAGCCAGCACUCUACAUGAGCCCUGCUUGACUUAGCCCUUCUCCAGGGGCACCAUGCUGAGGGCACAGCCAACUGCCCCUCGAGGACUCUAGCGGGGAGGGCAGUGUACUUUGUACUGUUGGUCUGAGUUCCCCUGGUGACCCAGUGGGAGGGAUCCUCUGGGCAGGGAAGGUGUAAAUAGAUCUACAGGAAUGAGGUACUGGUAGCUUAGCGGGGAGAGGCAGGAGGUGAAGGGGGGCAGGCUGCUGUGGAUCAUGUGUGCCUGGCUACAUGGAGAAGCCCCCUCCCUGGAGUCCUGAUUGUAGAGGAUCUGUGGGUGUUUCCAAGGAACCGUGCUUCUGUGGUGGAGUUUCAGGUAUGCAUUCCAGGCACACAGCAGCCAACCAUGCAGGCCUGGGAAGUUUGCAAAGUCCCUGGUGUGGGCUGGUGGGCUCUGUGUGUAGCAUUUCAAGGAGAUAGGCUGAGGGACCCCCGAGCCACUGGGCAUUGUUGAUACAAGCUCCCAUGGAAGGAAGACAUCUCCCGUUUUCUGACUGUAGGUACCUCUGUGAGGUGGGUAAAACUUGCCGGCAGGACUUUGCUCUUGGAUGUGGUGUGUGCUGAGAAUUCUGCCCAAGCUGGAGCUGGUCUCUGGGGUUUGUUCGGGGGCUGGUCUUUUGAGGCCAUCUAUCCUGAGGGUUGGAGUGCCAUGUUGGUCAUGGCCCAGCACUCUUCCCCUUACCAUACUGAAGGGAGGUCAGCUGCUCUGUCCUCCUGAGGCUUUGAUCCAACAGCUGGGCUGCCUGAGGAAUGGGGAACAGAACCCAGGUGUAGGGUACAGAUGCUACUGACUGCUCAGGUGAAUUAAUUAAUCCCUGGCAUUAAGCUGGACCCCAAAGACAAGCUCAGGUGAUGUGCUCAGACCUAAGACGCUGGUCCAAAGGGGUCUGGGUGGCCGCAUUGAUUGACUGGCCUUAGGUCUGAGCAAGGCUGACGUUGAUGGUCUUCAUGCUUUGGUGUGGUGAUGAGGGCUGGGAAGGAUGCUGGGAGGGUCACUGGCCUUUAGUUAGGGAAGUCUGACUGGGGCCGGCAGUGCCAUAAAAUGUGGGCAUUUAAGGCUCCCACUCCUCAUUUCGUGUGCACAUUGAUUGUGUUUGGGAAGGUGGGAAUGGAUUUAUAAUUAGAGAACAGACCUGGCAAUCAAUAGGGAGAUUAUUAGAACCAUAAACAGGACUUUAGGCUGCAGAUGAGGCGAUGUCCCCCGAAGCAGGGCAUCAAUUGCUGAUGAUCAGGGACUGCCUGGGCGCUCUGGUAUUAAACACUUCUAGAGAGAUGCAUUGUGAAUCUGUCACAGAUGGGCAGUGGCCUGUGAGGGCUGAUUAGGUGGAUUGGUUCCCAUAGGUGGGAAAGGCAGCCUGGCCCCCACCAUAGUGGAAUGAGGAGUGGAGGGCCAGGUCUGGGUCCCAUGGGCACUUUCAUUUUGACUGAGGAAAAGUGGUUGACUCUGGCUGGACAGUUGGUCCUUAGGGAAGAUGGUAUGACCUAUGUCUUCGUAAACUCUCUGGAGCCACAGGCAAGGCCUGGAACAUUCUAGGUGCUGUGGCUGAGAGCUGACCUGAUCCCUCUAUGUGCGUGUUACUGUGGUACAGCUGCCCUCAUGGCCCCAAGUUCCUUUGGAGCGAGGAGCUAUGGGCCUCCACAGCUUGAACCCAAACCACAGCCACAUCUCAUUUGGGUUUGGAGGAGUGUGCCAUGACAGGCUGUCCUCAGGGAACAGCUCGGGUGACAUAAGCUUGUCCCAGGGAUGGAUGACAGAGCCUGGAGUACACAGUGAGGUACUGACUUUUAUACAUUGAAGGAUGACCUCCAAAGCUCCCCUCCCACCAGGGAGCCCUGUGAGAGCCUGGCUCCCUGUAACCCUUGAUCAAAGAGGAGCCCUUUCCUGGCCAUUUUGCCUAUGGAGCAUCCAGCUGUUACUCUGGAGCUCCUGGGGGAUUGUCCCUACUAGUCUUUCUAGACUAGCAGAAGUUCUCAACCUGUGGGGCGUGACCUCUUUGGGGUCAAAGGACCCUUUCAUAGGGGUCUCCUAAGACAAUCUUGCAUAUCAGAUAUUGUACAUCAUAACUCAAAACAGUAGCAAAAUGACAGUUAUGAAGUAGCAACAAAAAUAAUUUUAUAGUUGAGGGUCACCACAACAUGAGGAGCUGUUAGAAAGGUUGAGAACCACUGCUCUAGACUGUCAGGUGGAGACACUGGUACUGUGACAGAUGAGGACGUUUCCCCAGUGCCAGCCUUGUGGCAUGUCCUGCAGUCAGAAGCCCUCAUGGAGGUCAAGAAACCUGUUGUCAUCUUGAAGCAGAAGCUGCAGGAUAGGAAGGACUUCUGAUCCUAUAGUUAGUUUGAGAUGGCACAGUUGACAUCGAGGGACGCCUCGGUUCUCCACUGCGUGGUGGCUGUUGGGUAGCACCGUCCUGGGGGUGCCUGCUUGCCUCCCACUUCAAGCUGUGCGGGGAGCCUGCUGUCUGCUAUUCACAGACGUAGGUGGAUACUGGAGCGUGGAUGAGCUCCUGCUGCAGUCUGGCCCUCCACUGAUGAUUCUAACUUGUUGCUGACUUCCCUGUUCAGGCCUUGUUUUACCCACCCACAUAGUGGGGGUUGGUAGGAUGUCCUCCUCUUCCAUGAGAAGUCCUAGUGAAGCUGCUUCUGUGGUAUGAGUGGGGACAAUGCCCUAAAGGUAUGGGACUUCCCAACCUUGGGCCAGGCCCUGGAGGCCUCUGGACGGUGAGGCCAGAGGAGGGGAGCAGGCAAAGAGGUCCCACUGAGGGUCCUACAUUCUCUGCAGGACACUACCCCCUCCGUUUUAUAUACUUGCCCCAAGUGUAGCCUCAACCGAGCCUCCAGGUUGCUUCUCAGUCCCUCACAGUCCCUCAGCACCUGGUAGGGUAUUUAUUAGAGGGCACUGUCCUUCAUGCCAGAACCUUGUAGAUGGAGAGAUCAGGCCUAGAGGGCUGCUGAGGUGGGCUAGUCUGCGUUUCUUAAACUCGGUUCCACAGAACCCUGGUGUUCUGUAGAGGUCAGCUGACACUGGGUGACGGCGUAGGUAGGUUCUGCAUUGUCUUGCCUGUGUGUGGGUGCAGGAUCUGGCUGUGAGGUCAUGGCGUCGGGGCUCUGCUAGCUGUCCCUUGGCCAGUGCUGGCCUCACGCUCUCCUCUCUCCACGCUUUUCCUUUCGUUGCUGCUGUGUGCCUCCAUCACACUUUCUGUUUGUCCGUCCACCUCCCCCUGCCCCGUGUUGUGCUCCCCUCCUCCUGCCCACACCACCACUGCUCUGCACUCGCUUUGGGACGGCUUCUUUUGGCAUUUCCGGGCUCUGCUUCUGGCAGGAAUUGGCAGUGGCCGUCCCGAUGGACAAAGCCGUGUCAUGGCAGCUGGUGGGACGGUGGAGCCAAGUCACAUGCGGGACUCCUGAGACAGGCUGAGGCGGCUGUGGCUGCCGUUGCCGUGGCCGACACAGUCCGAGACUGCCCUCCAGCUGCAGGCCCUGAUGGUAUGUCUAAGGCUUGGGGCCGAGGGGCAGCAUGCACUACAGCCCUGGUUACUCCAGCCCCAGGCUCCUCAGCAGGGGGUUCCACAGGCCCAUCGGCUGCAGCCUCUUUCUUUAUAAGGGCUGCCCAGAAGCUCAGCCUGGCCUCCAAGCGCAAGAAGCACCACCCACCACCUGCGCCCACCACUCGGGGCACGUCCACCUACCCCACGGACUUCAGUGGCACUCUGCAGCUGUGGCCUCCCCCAGUGCCCCCCUGCCUGCUCAGGGCUGCCUCCAAGGCCAAGGAAAACCCCAGCAACUUUGGAAAGGUAAAGGUUAUGCUACGUAUCUGGCCGGCACAAGGAGUCCAACGCUCCGCUGAGUCCUCAUCCUACCUGAAGGUGGACCCUCGGAAGAAGCAGGUGACUCUUUAUGACCCCGCUGCUGGGCCCCCGGGCUGUGCAGGCCUCCGCCACGCCCCCACAGCACCGGUCCCCAAGAUGUUUGCUUUUGACGCCAUCUUCCCCCAGGACUCGGAGCAGGCUGAGGUCUGCUCAGGAACCGUGGCCGACGUGCUCCAGUCUGUGGUUGGUGGAGCUGAUGGCUGCAUUUUCUCCUUCGGCCACAUGAGCCUUGGCAAGUCGUAUACCAUGAUUGGGAAGGACAGCUCACCCCAGAGCCUGGGCAUCGUGCCCUGUGCUAUCUCCUGGCUCUUCAGGCUCAUUGAUGAGCGCAGGGAAAGGAUGGGCACACGCUUCUCCAUCCGUGUGUCUGCUGUGGAAGUGUGCGGCCAUGACCAGAGUCUCCGGGACCUGCUUGCUGAGGUGGCUUCGGGCAGCCUUCAGGACACCCAGUCUCCAGGCGUUUGCCUGCGGGAGGACCCUGUGGGAGGGGCACAGCUCCAGAACCAGAAUGAGCUGCGGGCACCCACAGCAGAGAAGGCAGCCUUCUAUCUGGAUGCGGCCUUGGCGGCCCGCAGCACAAGUCACGCUGGCUGUGGGGAAGACACCCGACGCAGCUCCCACAUGCUCUUCACCCUACAUGUGUACCAGUAUCGUGUGGAGAAGUGUGGCCAAGGAGGAAUGUCUGGAGGUCGCAGCCGCCUGCACCUCAUCGACCUGGGCAGCUGUGAGGCAGCACUCAGCAGAGGCGGAGAGGCUUCUGGAGGACCCCUGUGUCUGUCUCUGUCAGCUCUGGGCAGUGUCAUCCUGGCCCUAGUCAACGGGGCCAAGCAUGUGCCCUACAGGGACCACAGACUCACCAUGCUGCUGCGGGAGUCCCUGGCUGCUACCAACUGCCGCACCACUAUGAUAGCACACAUCUCAGACUCACCGGCCCACCACGCAGAGACCCUCAGCACUGUACAGCUGGCUGCCCGCAUCCACCGCCUGCGCAGGAAGAAGGGCAAGUACGCAUCCAGCUCCUCAGGAGGGGAGAGUUCCUGUGAGGAGAGCCGGGCCCGCCGUCCCCCACACCUGCGGCCCUUCCACCCACGCACCAUGGUCCUGGACCCUGACCGCUCGGCUCCUGGCCUGUCCGGCGACCCUGACUACUCAUCCAGCAGCGAGCAGUCCUGUGACACAGUCAUCUACGUUGGUCCUGGCGGGGCAGCACUGUCCGACCGUGAGCUGACUGACAAUGAGGGCCCACCUGACUUUGUGCCCAUCAUCCCUGCACUGAGCCGCCGCAGGCCCUCCGAGGGACCCCGGGACGCCGACCACUUCCGCUGCAGUACAUUUGCAGAGCUGCAGGAGCGCCUAGAGUGCAUAGAUGGCAGCGAGGGAUUCCCUGGUCCCCAGGGUGGCUCUGACGGAGCCCAAGCCAGCCCCGCCAGAGGAGGCAGGAAAGCCUCACUACCCGAGGCCACAUCCCCCAGGAAGGCUGUGGGCCCUCCUAUGGUUACCAGCUCCCCUCGAGGCAGCCCUGGGCAAGAUACUCACCGGAGCACCUCAGAGCCCUCUAAGACUGGUCCACAGGGUGAGCAGAGAGUCGAUGGUGCCCGGGCUGAGCCACCUGCCCCAGACAAGACUGCAGGAGGUGGCGGCAGGAGGCCGCUGCCCAGUCCAGCCCCUCCACCACCUCGGCAACCGGAAGCUCGAGGUGUCCCCACAGAGCCUGGGGGAGAGGGCCCUGACAGUGUGUUGCGGACAGCCCCCGUGGGCAUGAGUGGGCAGAUGGCCUCGUCCCCACUGCUCUCAGACACGUCUGCUCGUGGACGCCAUCUGGAGCGGGGCCUGCUGACCACCACCGUCACCCUACAGCAGCCAGUGGAGCUGAAUGGCGAGGACGAGCUGGUGUUCACAGUGGUAGAGGAACUACCUCUGGGGGGACUUGCAGGGGCCACACGACCCUCCAGUCUGGCCAGUUUGGGCAGUGACUGUUCCCUGCAGGCCUUGGCCUCAGGCUCGAGACCGGUCAGCAUCAUCAGCAGUAUCAAUGACGAGUUUGAUGCCUAUACCUCACAAGCGCCUGAGGGCCCAGGAGACCCCGGGGAGCUCCUAGAGGGAACGGCGUGGCCUGGUGGCAGUCCAGCCUCAUCCAUUGGCUCCUGGCUGAGCGACGUUGGUGUCUGCUUGGCUGAAAGCCGUGGUCCCACACCACAGCCUCCCUUCAGCCCUGACUCGGCAGCAGGGCCCGGUCCACCAGAGUUCCCUACCCCGAGCAGCUCCCUGGAGGACAGCAAGUUCAGGUCCUCAGAGUGUGGAAGACCGGACAAUCCUGGCUCAGCCCGGGGCCUCCACCCAGCGGAGGCAGUCUCAGCAACUCAGACCCGACCCAGCAGAGAGCCUUGGGCCGGGUCUCCGCGUGAGGCAGCCUCAGCCCAGACCAUCCACUCCAGUCUCCCCCGGAAACCCAGGACUACCUCAAACAGCAGCCGUGCUCGUCCCAGCCGGGGUCCGUGCAGUCCCGGAGGCCUGUUUGAGGACCCUUGGCUACUCCGGGCAGAGGACUGUGACACACACCAGAUGGCCUCCGCAGGCGGGGUUCCAAGCCCAACUCCAGGCUCCCCUCGACUACCUGAGGCUCAGAUAAUGCUGACUUGUGCCCAGAGAGUGGUGGACGGGUGUGAGGUGACAACCAGAGGGUCCCGGAGACCGGAAGCUGUAGCUCGGAUCCCACCUUUGCGGAGGGGAGCCACCACACUGGGAGUGACCACACCUGCUGCAUCCUGUGGGGACGCCCCAGCAGAGGCAAUAGUCCAUUCAGGAAGCCUAAAGACCACCUCCAGCAGUAAGAAGAGCGUGUCUCCCAAGGGGGCCUUCUUUCCAAGGCCUAGUGGGGCCGGCCCCCCAGCUCCACCUGUGCGCAAGUCUAGCCUGGAGCAGAACACGACCCUCACCCCUACCCAGGCCUUGGGGCUGACCCGGGCGGGGGCUACUUCUGCCUUCCGCGGGGAAGACGAGGCCAGGCCCAGUGGCAGGUCUGAUUACUCUGUUUCCAAGGCCACAUCCAGCCUGAAAGCCCGAGCUGGCAAGGUGGAGGCGGCACACCGCCCCGCUGGCCACAUGUCCCUGGAGCGGUACGAGAGCCCUACACAUGGUAGUGGCAAGGUCAGGGAAGUCCCAGGACGGCCACCGAGGGCUGUGCCCAGGUUGGGUGUACCACCCACCAGCCCCCCACUUGGAGCAGCUCCUGCCUGUAGGAGCAGCCCAGCUAAGGGUGUUGGAGCAUCCAAGCCUCCAGCUGGUGGGGCCAAGGGUCGUAAUCUAGGGGCUAGUACGUCUCGGGCACUGGGCGCUCCAGUGAAGCCACUGGCCCCCGUGGCAGGCAAGACAACUAGUGGCCCUGUGCCAGGACCCCGGAUGGCUCCACGGCCUGCACCUGGUAUUGGGGCCAAGGCAGGCAGGGGCACCAUCAUGGGCACUAAGCAGGCAUUCCGGGCCGCCCAUAGCCGUGUCCAUGAGCUGGCAGCCAGUGGAUCUUCUGGUCGAGGCGGCCUCUCCUGGGGCUCAACCGACUCGGACAGCGGCAAUGACAGCGGUGUGAACCUGGCCGAGGAGCGGCAGCCUGUGAGCCCCGCCCUGCCCUCCCCCUACAGCAAAGUGACCGCACCAAGGAGGCCCCAGCGCUACAGCAGCGGCCACGGCAGCGACAACAGCAGUGUGUUGAGUGGGGAGCUCCCCCCGGCCAUGGGCCGCACCGCGCUCUUCUACCACAGCGGUGGCAGCAGCGGCUAUGAGAGCAUGAUCCGCGACAGCGAGGCCACCGGCAGCGCCUCCUCGGCCCCUGACUCCAUGAGUGAAAGCGGAACUGCCUCCCCGGGUGCCCGCUCCCGCAGCCUCAAGUCCCCAAAGAAAAGGGCCACAGGUCUACAGCGACGGAGGCUGAUCCCGGCCCCACUCCCCGAUGCUGCUGCCUUAGGCCGCAAGCCCAGCCUUCCUGGGCAAUGGGUGGACUUGCCCCCGCCCCUGGCUGGCUCUCUGAAGGAGCCUUUUGAGAUCAAGGUGUAUGAGAUAGAUGACGUGGAGCGCCUGCAGCGGCACCGUCUGCCUCUGAGGGAGGAGGAAGCCAAGCCCUCUCAGGAUGUGGAGAAGGGCCCGGUCUGCAUCAGCUCCAAGCUGCGGCUAGCAGAGCGCAGGCAGCAGCGGCUGCAGGAAGUGCAGGCCAAACGUGACCACCUCUGUGAGGAGCUGGCUGAGACCCAGGGCCGGCUGAUGGUGGAGCCUGGGCGCUGGCUGGAGCAGUUCGAGGUGGACCCAGAGCUGGAGCCGGAAUCAGCUGAGUAUCUGGCGGCCCUGGAGCAAGCCACAGCUGCCCUGGAGCAGUGCGUUAACCUGUGCAAGGCCCACGUCAUGAUGGUCACCUGCUUUGACAUUGGUGUGGCUGCCACCGCUGCUGUACCUGGGCCGCAGGAGGUGGAUGUUUGAGGCUGAGCACAGGUCAUAGGUGGGGGCCUGCAGGGCAGGGGUGCAAGGAUAGGAUGUGGGAUGGAAUGAGGAUGUGGAGGGGGUUGGAGGGUUGAAGACACAGGGUCUGUGCAGGAUGUGGGGGUCUCAGAGAGGAGACAGAGAGUGGGGGAGGGGAGGGCCAGCCACUGGACAGAGAGAGCACGGGGAUGGAAAGACUGUCACCACCCAGACAGCCACGCAAGUGCCUUUAACCUUGAGUAGGCCUUUUCUUCUUUUCUAAUUUGGUGCUAUGGACUCAAGACAGGACCCAGACACCAGCAGACAGUCUCAGCCUGGGUGGCUGCGGCCACCCAGGCCAAGCUAAAGCCAGUUUGUUUCUGAUUUUUGCCUUCCUUACCGCUAAGCAGUCUUGUGUAGCAGGGCGGGCUUGUUCGGGCCAGCUCUCCUUUAGGAUUGGGUUCAUUCUCUUCUCCAGCAGCUUUCCCUCAACAGCCCACAUGAGUGGUCUCUGCCAGUCCACAGCAGUGGUGUCCUCUGGGUGCGGACAGCUAGCCUGAGUCCCCUCCUUUCCUUGAGGGCCCCAUUCUAUUCUGAGGACACCAGAGGCCACAAGCGAGGGCUGGGCCAUGAGCACACGAUGCUUUCUUCCACGGCAGGAAUUCUUACCAAAACCACAAGCAAAAAAACAAAAACACAAUGAAGCAAGCCGCCGCCAACAAAGACGGGGUGUGAGUUUUUGUAAAAGUUCUGUUAGCUUCAUAUUUUUGUAUCAUUUUGCCUAAAAACAGAAUUUGCAGUGGGAAUUUGAAGACAAAUUGUCUAAGUUUUUAUGGUUUUCUACAGGUAUUCCUAGGUCGGGGGCUCUUGGCAGCUGUCGGGGCAGGCUUUUUCUGGGGUACACUGAGGGCAGUGUUGGGGGGGGGGUCUGUGGGAGGUGAUUCUUUUCAGAUGCAGAUGAGGGGGUGAGCCUGCCAGCCUGUGAUGUGGCCCGCACGCAGGUUCGUGCCUCCUGACCGUUGUGUAUUUUAUAGGCGUCCAGACCUUUGUACAAAUGUGUAGAUAACAUCUUGCGACAGUUUUUAUUUGUGAAUAAAAGAUGUGUUGAUUGUU